ACCAGCCCCCGCGCCCGCUUGCCCGCCCUGCGGUCCAGUCCUGGUGCCCGCUCAGAACCAGCUCCCAGUGCUGUCCGGAGCAGCAAACCAGUAGCGAGUGGGCUUCUGCAAGGAAGUGCUAGCCUGUCUCAGGUCUCUCAGUCUGCAGGUCUGCACCUCUGCGGUUUCCAGCGCGCUGUGACACCUGGAAAGGAGGAGAGACCUGCCCAGUAUCCCUGCAGGACAGGAAAAGGAGGGAAAUCUCGACAUGGAAGAACUCCAUGGUGAAAAAGAGGGAAAAUUGGCAAAGGAGGGAAAGCCAGAAGAUGAAGUAGAGCCUGAAGAUGAAGAAAAGUCCGAUGAGGACGACAAGCCGGACAAGAAAGCGAAGCCAGCACACGAGGGGAAGCUAGAGGAUAAGGCAGAGCCAGAUGAGCAGGGACAACCACGAGAUGAGGGGAAAUCAGAAAAGCAGGGAAAGUCUGAAGGGGAGGGUCACUGCCAAGGGGAGGGCAAGCCUGAUUCCCAGGCAAAGCCAGCCAGUGAGCCAAGGGCCGCAGAAAAGCGUCCUGCUGAAGAUUACGUGCCCCGGAAAGCAAAACGAAAAACAGACAGGGGGACAGACGAUUCCCCCAAGGACUCUCAGGAGGACAGGCAUGUAAGCAGUGAGGAGAUGAUGAGAGAGUGUGCAGAUAUGUCAAGGGCUCAGGAAGAGCUGAGGAAAAGGCAGAAAAUGGGUGGUUUUCCCUGGAUGCAGAGAGAUGCACAGGAUGCGUUCGCCCCCAGGGGCCAGCGCGGAGUCAGGGGAGCGAGGGGCGGAGGCAGGGGCCAAAGGGGCCUACACGAUGUCCCAUACCUUUAAUGCCUUUGGCCUUCGAGUCUGACUUCUCAGAUGAGAAUAUUGCUGGCCCUGCUUUCCCUGGUAGAUACUUGCCAGGCCCUGUGCUUUAACCUUGAGCCGAUACUCUGCUUUAGGUGUCACUGUCCUUACCAGCAGCCUUUUGACCCAACUACAGUGCUCUCUGUCUUCUAGUACAGGAUUUCACCCAUGUGCAUGUACACUGUAAGAUAACAAUAAAAAGUUUGCAGAACUACAUA